AUCCUUAAACUAUGUAAUCUUUGAACACCGGCCAGUUAAUGACAGUCAGCCGUUUGCUACCAUGAAAACAAGAUUCACCACUGUGGAUAUCAGGGCGGUCAUCGCCGAGAUCAAUGCCAACUACAUUGGCAUGAGAGUAAACAACGUGUAUGACAUCGACAAUAAGACGUAUCUCAUCCGUCUACAAAAGCCUGACAGCAAAGCUGUUCUCCUGAUCGAGUCUGGGACUCGUAUUCACUCUACAGACUUUGAAUGGCCCAAGAACAUGAUGCCUUCGGGCUUUGCAAUGAAAUGUCGAAAACACCUGAAGACGCGGCGGUUGACCCAAGUUAAGCAGCUUGGGAUUGACAGGAUUGUUGACAUCCAGUUUGGCUCAGAUGAGGCUGCCUACCACCUGAUUGUUGAACUGUAUGACAGGGGUAACAUCAUUCUUGCAGACCAUGAGUACACCAUCCUGAAUCUGCUGCGGUUUCGUACAGCAGAGGCAGAGGAUGUUAAGAUUGCUGUUAGAGAGCGGUACCCUGUGGAGAGCGCCCGACCGCCUGAACCUCUUAUCAGUUUAGAGCGACUGACUGAAAUCCUCAGCAAAGCCCAGAAUGGGGAUCAAGUGAAAAGGGUCCUGAACCCUCAUCUCCCCUAUGGAGCCACACUGAUUGAACACAGUUUGAUGGAGGCGGGACUGCCCGGCUCUGUCAAAGUUGAUGCUGCCAACGUUGCACCUAAAAUCUUGGAAGCCCUGCAGAUUGCAGAAACGUACAUGGAAAAAACUGAGAACUUCAGCGGCAAAGGUUACAUUAUUCAAAAGAGUGAGAAGAAACCAAGUGUAACUCCUGGCAAACCCAGUGAAGAACUGCUCACAUAUGAUGAAUUCCAUCCAUUUCUCUUUGCCCAACAUGCAAAGUGCCCCUAUUUGGAGUUUGAAACUUUUGACAAGGCUGUGGAUGAGUUCUUUUCCAAGAUGGAGAGUCAGAAGAUUGACAUGAAGGCCUUGCAGCAGGAGAAACAGGCCCUGAAGAAGUUGGAAAAUGUUAAGAGGGACCAUGAGCAGCGACUGGAGGCUUUACACCAAGCACAGGAGAUGGACAGAGUAAAGGGUGAACUGGUGGAGAUGAACUUGCCUGUGGUAGAGAGAGCGCUGCAGGUGGUGCGCAGUGCACUGGCCAAUCAGGUGGACUGGACCGAGAUUGGCAUUAUUGUGAAAGAAGCACAAGAUGCCGGGGACCCUGUGGCCUGCGCCAUCAAGGAGCUGAAGCUGCAGACCAACCACAUCACCAUGCUUUUAAAGAAUCCAUAUAUAUCUGAGGAGGGCCAGGAAGAAGAGGAGGAGAAAAAAGAUGUGGUUGAGGGAAAAGGAAAGAAAAAUAAGAAUAAAGACAAAGGACAGAACAAGAAGCUACAAAGGAAUAAGCCCAUGCUUGUGGAUGUGGAUCUGGCCCUAUCAGCUUAUGCCAAUGCCAAAAAAUACUAUGACAACAAACGGACUGCUGAAAAGAAGGAACAUAAAACCAUUGAAGCAGCAGAUAAGGCUAUGAAAUCUGCAGAGAAAAAAACACAGAAAACACUUAAAGAGGUUCAGACUGUGACCACCAUUCAGAAGGCCAGAAAGGUCUAUUGGUUUGAGAAGUUCUUGUGGUUCAUCAGCUCAGAGAAUUAUCUGGUCAUCGCAGGAAGGGAUCAGCAGCAGAAUGAGAUGAUCGUCAAACGCUACCUGCGGGCAGGUGAUAUCUAUGUUCACGCUGACCUCCAUGGUGCGACUAGCUGUGUCAUCAAAAACCCCUCAGGCGACCCCAUCCCUCCUCGUACCCUGACGGAAGCUGGCACUAUGGCUGUUUGUUACAGCGCUGCUUGGGAUGCCAAGAUCAUCACCAGUGCCUGGUGGGUUCAUCAUCAUCAGGUGUCUAAGACAGCUCCCACUGGAGAGUACCUGACCACUGGAAGUUUCAUGAUCAGAGGAAAGAAAAACUUCCUGCCACCUUCUUACUUGAUUAUGGGCUUCGGAUUCCUCUUCAAGGUUGAUGAGCAGAGUGUGUUUCGGCACCGCGGGGAGAGAAAGGUGAAGACUGUGGAGGAGGAAAUGGAGGAGGUCUCGUCCACAACUGCUGAGCUGUUGAAGGAGGAGGGAGAGGAGCUGAUAGGUGAUGACAGCAGCAAUGAAGAUCAGAGUGAGGAAAGAGCGGGAGAAGGAGAGAUGGAAAAGAUGGCUGGGGGGGAUGAUGGUGGGAGUAGUGAACUGGCUGCUGUUCCCGAGGAAGACAACAUGGAGGAAACGGUAGAAGAAGGGAGAGAUGAAGACAGUGAUGAUGAAGAGGAGAUGGAGAAUGAAGAGAGUGAAGAGUUCAGCUUUCCGGACACGACCAUCUCCCUCUCUCAUUUACAGCCCAGCAGCACUCAGAACCCUGGUUUCAAAAAGGAAGUGACCACUCAGGCUGAGGCAGACUUGCAGGGGAAGAAACACAUGACUGCCAAACAGAGAAGAGAUGAAAAGAAGAAGAAGCAGAAGCAGGAAGGUUGUGACACUGAGGUUUCAUCUGGUGGAUCAGCAGUCAAUCAGGGAUCCAGAGGUGGAGGAGGCUCCUCCCAGCAGCCACUGAAGAGAGGCCAAAGGAACAAGUUAAAAAAGAUAAAAGAGAAGUACAAAGACCAGGAUGAAGAAGACAGGGAGCUGAGGAUGCAGCUGCUCGGGUCAGCUGGUUCCGCCAAGGAUGAGAAGGAUAAGGGGAAGAAAGGCAAGAAGGGGAAGGGGAAAGAAGAACCGGUCAGGAAACCAGCCUCUCAGAAACCACCCCAGAAGCCUCGUAAUGUGGAGACAGCAGCAAGUAAACCCGAGCAGACGGCCGGAGGGGAGGAUACUGAGGAGAGAGGAGAGGAGGGAGGUACCGCUGAACCGGAGGAAAAGGAAGAUGAUGUGGACCAGGACAACCCUGGAGCAGAGGAAGCAGAGGACCUGCUCACCUCUCUGACAGGCCAGCCUCAUCCUGAAGACGUGUUGCUGUUCGCUGUGCCAGUCUGUGCUCCAUACACUGCCCUCUCCAACUACAAACACAAAGUGAAACUGACACCAGGUUCUCAGAAGAAAGGAAAAGCUGCACGCACUGCAGUCCUCAGCUUUACGAAAGCCAAAGACACGUCAAACAGAGAGAAAGACCUGUUCCGCAGCGUCAAGGAUGCUGAUCUAUUCAGAAACGUGCCUGGGAAAGUUAAAGUGUCUGCUCCAAACCUGCUGGCUGCCAAGAAGAAAUGAGAGGCAAGUGAAUGCAGAGCUGACCACAGCCGGAUUCAGUUUUUCAUCAUUUCAGUGGGACUCUGCUGACUUCUACAAUUCCAGUAGUGACUGGUUCAGAUCUGAUGGUCAGUGUGAAUGAUAUGAAUCAUUUUAAUUCUACAGACUGACUGUAUUUGUUUGAAAUGAAGACACAGAACAUUAACAAAGCUGGACUGAACACA